GUUUUCUCUUCAUGGCAAAACCAGACAAACUCAGGAUUAUCUUUAAGGAUUGUCCAGGAAGAAUUCCUGUCUGUGCAACAAAAAAGACUGCAUUCCAGUGUUCAGAAGCUAUUUAAUGCCUUGUCUUUUCCUUCUGGGGAAAGAUGCAGGGAGCUGAAAAUAUCUGCUGCCCUUCCAGAAUUAGAGAGGUUUGUGCGACAUUUUACAGUCAGCAGCGUCAGUCGUGAGCCAAUAAUGAGAGCACAUCUUCCUAUUUUAUUGCAACAAUCGGAAAUCAUUCCUGAUAGCAAAGCAGAAAGUGAUAAGGUGGUUAUCACCAUUAUAACUGGCCUUCCAGGAUGUCGUUGCAGCGAUCUGUGCGCUUUUCUUGUGACUUUUAACAAGGAGCGUGGAAGGUGGAUAGUUUAUCGGCAAACUAUGGAUAGUCCUGAAUGUUUCAGUGCAACCCACUUCCAGCGCUACCUCUCCAGUGUCCUGGAGGCUCAGCAAAGUCACAGCGUCCGUCAGUCCACUUAUGCUAAGAAGAACAAACGUCUCUUAGUGGUCUUGCAAGGAUAUACUGAUGUUAUUGAUGUUGUACAGGCUCUGCAAACUCAUCCUGACCCAGAUGUGAAGUCUUCUUUCAUCAUUGGAGCAGUUAAUACUUGUGUGGAGCCAUUGAGUUGCUAUAUUGAACACAGGCUUCUUUUUCCCAAGUUCUUGGACCAGUGUUCACAAGGACUAGUGAGUAACGUGGUUUUCACCAGUCAUGCUACAGACCAGAGGCAUCCACUCCUUAUGCAACUGCAGAGCCUUAUCCGAGCGGCAAAUCCUGCUGUUUCAUUCAUCUUGGCAGAAAAUGGAGUUGUAACUAGGAAUGAGGAUAUUGAAUUAAUUCUCUCAGAAAGCAGCUUUUCAAAUCCUCAGAUGAUGAGAGCUCGAUAUUUAAUGUAUCCUGGCUGGUAUGAAGGCAAAUAUGGAGCUGGGUCGGUCUUCCCUCCAAUGGUUCAGAUCUGUGUGUGGUUUAAUCGUCCUCUAGAAAAAACACGAUUUGUGACCAAAUGUAAAGCGAUUAAGUCAUUGCUUAAGCCAAGUCCUUUUUCUGGAAACAUUUAUCACAUCAUGGGCAAAGUUAAGUUUUCAGAUUCUGAUAAAGUGAUUGAAGUCUGUCACAACACAUCAUCUAAUUCACUAAGCCUUGUGCCUGUUCAGGAGGGGCCAACUCCUCCUGAUUCAAGAAGCGAUAACAGAGAUUGCAGCAGUCAACAGGAGUGCUUCCUUGUGUUUGUUGGCUGCUCUCUUAAGGAAGAAGAUAUAAAAGACUGGCUCAGAGAAACUGCAAAACAG